AUGAGGGAGCCGGGCAUCACGGGAGGCUCCAGAGGGCUCCCGUGGGUCUGUGCCAGGGCCGGCCGUGCUCUAGCAGCUGUGCGAGUGUACAGUGAGGCUGGUGCCAGUAUCAUUCGAGUGUCAAAAGAGGCACGGAAGAGGUUCUUGGGCCCACUCCACCCAUCUUUCAACUUGGUGAAAACCAUUCGGAUCUGCCUGUCCAAGACUGUGCCAGAGAAUGGGCAUGAGGUAGCAGCAGGGCGCUUGGGCAUCUCCCUCACACGGGUCUCUGAUGGAGAAAAUGUGAUACUGUCUGACUUCAAGUCCAAGGAGGAGCUAAUCCAGGCCUGUGUCUGCAGCACUUUUAUCCCUGUCUAUUGUGGGCUGAUACCUCCAACCUUACGUGGUGUGAGAUAUGUGGACGGAGGGAUUUCUGAUAACUUGCCCCGCUAUGAGCUGAAGAACACAAUCACAGUGUCUCCGUUUUCAGGGGAGAGUGAUAUCUGUCCCCGGGACAGUUCCACAAACAUGCACGAGCUCAGAGUCACCAAUACAAGCAUCCAGUUCAACCUCCGCAACCUCUAUCGCCUUUCCAAGGCCCUCUUCCCUCCAGAGCCACAGGUGCUGCGGGAUAUGUGCAAGCAGGGAUACCGGGAUGCGCUGCACUUCCUGAAGAAGAACGGUCUCCUUCAUCGUCCAAGUCCUGCCCGUCCUCUCCUUGCCAUAGAAGCUCCUCCAGGAGAGAAGAAAGAGGAAGAAACAGAAGCUGAGGACCAGCUGGAGGACAAUGCUGCCCUUGCUGCAGUUGAAGAGCACAUCUUUGAACACUUGCCUCCCAGACUGAACCAAGCUCUUAUGGAGGCUUGUGCUGAAAGAAGAGGGUUUUUGACUGGUAUCUCCAACAUGCUGCCUAUACGUGUGGCUACUGCAAUGAUGGUCCCCUACAUGCUGCCUCUGGAGUCUGCCGUUUCCUUCACAGUCAGGUUGCUGGAAUGGUUACCAGAUAUCCCUGAGGAUAUCAGAUGGAUGAGGGAGCAAAUGACUGAAAUCUGCAACUACCUUGUGAAGAAAGCCAAAAAGAAACUGGGCAGUCACCUUUCAGCCAGGCUUUACUAUCACCUUGAGCUUGGAGGGACCCAGACCCUGCCCAUCUCUUCGGCAGCUGCAUGUGGUGAUGCACUGCCCAUGUGGAUGAGAAGUAACCGUUCCCUGUCCGACGUCAUGCUGAAGUGGGAGGAGUACCAGCGGCAGCUCAUGAUGGGCUUGCUCUGCAUCAACGUGGACAUGCAGGCGUCCCUCUUCCCGCAGGAAGGGUUUCUGAUGAAGCUUCCACCUCUAGACUAUGCAAAGGAGUGCCUGCCGCUCUUCUGAGCCUGCUGCCGGGGGGGAACGGGGUGGGUGGGAAGGGGGGCCACGCAGCGUGGGACCAGCCUCAGCCCCUGGCAGCCUGCUGCCCUGUGCUCCCAAAUAUGCUGCAAAGGGAAUUUCCCAGGGACGGAGACUGGUGGAGAUGACUGUAGCCAUUUGUUGCCUGCUGGGCCAGGCAGGGGGUCUCUGCGUUCGAGGAAGCGCGUGAGCAGGCACCUUGCUUUAGACUCUUGCCUGGCCAUUUCCCAUGGCCAUGCUGAUGCUGGCCCAGCUGGGCUCUCCCAAAUAAUGCACUUUGAAUUGCCAUUAGGGAUUUGCCACCAAAUAAUCAGGAUAUAGCUGACACUCUGGAGUUCAUAUAGCUUUAGCUUCCUUCUGUUUU